ACAAGCGAUAAUUAAAACGGCAAUAAUUAUAUAGCGACUAGUAUCAACAGAUAUAAUUCAGUGAGAAUAAUAUUCAAUAAUUCAGUGAGCGCACAACCACGUACAAAUUUGGCAAAGACAAACAUUAGAAAACUGUCAGUUCAAAAGAAAAUUUUAGAAAAAUGUCAGUGGCAAAUGGAGCUAUCCCGCAGGAAGAAACGAAAACGAUUUUUUCCAUCUUACCUGCACAGUUUCCAAGUGUCGAUGGUAAAAUUAAAACCAAAGAAUUUUUGGACGCGGCUUCAGGAGCGGUCACCUUAGUAGACCGAUUUGGAAAAGUUUUCUCGCCAGUUACUUAUGAUAUGAAUGGUAACAUAAGAAAAUUGAGCCAAAAAUAUGAGGAGGAUACUGAGAAUAAUGAAUACCUAGAGGACAUGAUUCUAAAAGAGCAACAGGGUGGGCAAGGCUUAGCUACAGAUGCUCUAAUGUGGCUUAGAAGGGCUUUGCAUUUCCUAUCGUCUUUCUUUCAACGUAUUGUAGACGAUACAAAUAGUGAACGUUGCUCACCGGAUUUAACCGGAUUUUUAAAGACUGCUUACAGUGAGACUUUAGAAGAAUAUCAUGGAUGGCUAGGAACACAGUUGUUCAAUGUUCUUUCCCGAUUUACCCCAAACAGAAGGCAUCUGAUUUACACUUUAGCCUUAGACAGGCACAACAGAGAUUCUAACGUCAUCAACGACAUGCAAAACUAUAAUCAGAAAAUGAUAGCUUGUGUAAGAUACCUUACACAUUUCUAUAAAACCAAUAACUUGGAAUCAUAUGCUGCUGUGUAGAUUAAUCUAAUCGCACCAAAAAAAUUUUAGAGUUUUGAAAUAAACACUUCAUCAUUGAAUUUUUGUUCUGUUGAUUGUUAAAUUAUUUUUUGAUAAUAUAUUUAAUUGUAUGAUUUGUUUUUA